AUGAGUCAAUUCAACUUGCGAAAAAAAGCAAGAUUAAGCUAUUAUGAAAUCGAGGAACCAAACAUCGAUGAGUAUAUUUAUUGUUCGGAUUGCCGUGACUAUGUGUUUGAAUACUGUUCUAUUCACGGACCAUUGCUUGUCGUACCUGAUAAUAAGGUUCCGGCUAAAACCAACUUCCCAUCAUUCGUUCCUCGCGCUGCGCUUACAAUUCCUGAUGUCUUUUUACACUUAGCACCUUCAACCAUCCCUGAUGCCGGACUGGGAGUAUUUACUACGUUAACACUACCAAAGAACGUUCGUUUUGGGCCGUACAGGGGUAAUAUUACUCACAAUGCUGCCUCAAAUUACUGUUGGCAGAUAUAUGACAAAAAUAAUAAGCCAUCCCAUAUGAUAGACGCGUCAAACCCGAACAAAUCAAAUUGGAUGCGAUACGUCAAUUGUUCGAGACAUUGGUGCGAACAGAAUUUAGUCGCAUUUCAGUACCGAGGACAUAUUUAUUACCGUACAAUAAAAACGAUUCCCCGUUUUACUGAAUUGAUGGUUUUCUAUGGAAUUGAGUUUGCAAAUAAACUUAAGAUAGAUUUUAGAAGAUAUCAUAAGCCUCUCCUACCCGCAGGUAUUUUUGUAUGA